UGACGGUGUGUUCCUGUCUCAGAUCAGUCAGCUGAGUCUCUGACUGUCUGAGGGUCUCAGAGGAAAACAAACAAACAAACAAACAGCAUGGAGGACUUCCUGGAGUCGAGCAGCGCUGCAGCAAAGACCCGUUUCCACGGCAGCCAGAGAGUCCAUGUCGUCAUGGGCAACGAGUCAUGUGACCUGGACUCCAUCGUGUCGUCUCUGGCGAUGGCCUACUUCCUGUCCAGGUCUUCGUCUGGUCUUCGCGGUGCUUCUCUGGUUCUUCCGGUUCUGAACGUUCCUCGCUCGCUGUUCCCGCUGCGCCGCGACGCCGUCCUGCUGCUGACGGAGUCCGGCGUCGCCACGGAGACGCUGGUGUUCAGGGACGAGGUGGACCUGCACCGUCUCCACGGCGACGGGAGGCUGGCGCUGACGCUGGUGGACGCCCAGAGCGGGGACGCCGUCCUGCAGGCGGCGGCGGUGGACGUCAUCGACCACGUGGAGACGGUGGCAUCCUGCGUUACCCUGGUAACGGAGCGGAUUCUGUCCAGAGCGCCGGAGAUCCUGGACAGACAGCUCGCCCUGCUGCUGUACGGUGUGAUGGUGGACAGUGUGGGUAGGACGGUCAGGGACAGACAGGUGAUCCGGCUGCUGCAGACUCAGUUUCCUGACCUGCCACCGGAGGGCGCUCUGCACGCCGCGCUGCACGCUGCCAAGUUUGACCUGUCAGGUCUCUCCACAGAGCAGAUCCUGCUGCAGGACUUGGUGUCGGUGGCUGUCGGAGGCGAGACGAGAAUCGCUGUCAGCAACGUUUACAUGAGCCUCAACGAGUUUCUCCUCCGGACGAGUCUGCAGCAGGAGCUCAGCGCCGCCUGUCAAUCACACAGGCUGGACGCCGUGGUCGCCAUGACAACCUCCUUCAGCGACCAAUCAGAGGAGCCCGUGAGGCAGCUGGCGGUCUACAGCUCCCGCCCCCAGCACCGACUCCAGAUAAGCCACGCCCUCCUGACCAGCCGGAGCCCCGCCCUCUGCUUCUCCUCUAUCAGCUGCCCAUAUAAGGACAUCCUGGCCUUUGACCUGACCAACGCUGGAGCCUCCCGCCGCCGGCUGCUCCUCCUCCUCUCACGCCUCCUCUCUGACGACACCAUCACCUCCUCCUCCUCCUCCGUCCUCCACCACCGCCGCCGGCUGCAGCUGGGCGCCGACGGCUACGGGAGCCUGGAGGAGGAGGAGGAGGAGUCGUGGCGCCGGGCGCCGCCACCACCACCGAUGAACAGUCUGGUGGACGGAUCUCCUCUGGAAGGAGGAUUCAACCAGGAGGCGCUGCUGGAGAAGUUCAGCAGGAUGGGAGGAGGAGAGGAGGAGGAGCAGAGGGGGAGGAGGGGGCUGUAGAGGAGGAGGAGGAGCAGGAGGAGGAGCAGGGGAGGAGACUGUAGAGGAGG